AUGGCGCAAGGAGCAGGAAAUGAAGAUCUCAGUCUGGUGGAAGCAGAUCAGGAAGUCUUGCCCAAUAUUCUGCCAUCUAAAGUUACAGAAGUUGAAGGCUAUAUUCGGAUGUAUGAAGAGAUGCACAGGUUGAAAGGAAAGGAGGAGCUAAGGCAACGUCAGGAGCAGCAAGAGCAGAUGGUGAGGGCAGUGUACGACCUGGCAAGCGAACAGCUGAAGCGCUUCGAUGAACUGAAGGAGCUAAAGCAACAUCAGGAAUUUCAAGAUUUGCGGGAAGUAAUGGAGAAGAGCUCCAAGGAAGCCCAGGGACAGCAAGAGAAGUUGAAAGAAGAACAUCGACACAGAGCAAAGGUAUUAAACCUAAAGCUGCGCGAGGCAGAGCAGCAGAGGCAGCGUCAGGAGGAGCUGGAGCGUCUGCGCAAGGAGGAAGGCCAGGAGAGGUUGCGUCGCCUUUAUUCCAUCCAGGAGGAGGUGCUGCAGCUUAACCAGCGGAUUGAUCCCAAUUAUAGACACAAGGACCUGCCGAGGAUCGAUUUUUCUGUGUACAGUAAUCGUGGCAACCAGAUCUGUGGGCUGGUGUCAGGACUCAUCCGCACCACUAGUGAGAGAGGCUUCCCUACUCAAGCAGAUGUGGCCAAUACUGAACGAGCACUGCAGGAAAUGCGAGGGUUGAUAUCUAGCAUGCAGCAAGAAAUUGCUGCAGCUGUGGAAGAAAAAAAGAGGAAAGAUGAAGAGGAGCAGAGAGAGAAGCAGAAAGAGUUGCUGAAAAAAGAGCAGGUGACGGCUCAGGCUCCUGCCCCUGCACAGCAAUCAGGGGAAAAGCAACAGAAGGAAGGACUUCAAGUUAAAGCAGAAGAAAGUACCAUGCAGUGGUACCAGCAGCUUCAGGAUGCUGCUGACCAGUGCAUUGCUUCCUUCAGCGCAAUCAGCAACUGCAAGGACAACAAUGAGGUGAAGAAGAUUAAAAUGGAUUUGCAGAAAGCAGCUACGAUCCCUGUGAGCCAGAUCUCUAGUAUAGCAGGCUCUCAACUGAGAGAGAUAUUUGACAAGAUCAAUAACCUGCUCUCUGGAAAGUCUGUUCAGAGUGGAGGGCGAACUGUAUCAGUGACUCAGCAUCCACAGGGUCUGGAUUUUGUUCAUUACAAACUUGCAGAGAAAUUUGUGAAUCAAGGAGAAGAAGAAGUAGCUUCUCACCAUGAGGCAGCUUUCCCCAUUGCUGUGGUGGCUUCAGGAAUUUGGGAAAUUCACCCUCGAGUUGGAGACCUCAUUUUAGCCCAUCUACACAAAAAGUGCCCCUACUCUGUGCCAUUUUAUCCUGCAUUAAAAGAUGGGACUUCUUUGGAAGAUUAUCAGAGGAUGCUUGGAUAUCAAGUUAAGGAUUCCAAGAUAGAACAGCAAGAUAACUUCCUUAAACGGAUGUCAGGAAUGAUUCGUCUAUAUGCUGCUAUCAUUCAACUGCGGUGGCCUUAUGGAAACAGACAAGGGACCCAUCCUCAUGGUUUGAACCAUGGAUGGCGGUGGCUUGCUCAGAUGUUGAACAUGGAGCCUCUGGCAGAUGUGACAGCUACGCUUCUCUUUGAUUUUCUAGAGGUGUGUGGCAAUGCCCUCAUGAAACAGUAUCAGGUCCAGUUUUGGAAAAUGAUGUUGCUUAUCCGAGAAGACUAUUUCCCAAGGAUUGAAGCAAUUACCAGCUCUGGACAAAUGGGCUCUUUAAUGCGUUUCAAGCAGUUCUUGGAGAAAUGUCUUCAGCAGAAGGAAAUUCCGUUACCAAAGGGCUCUCUGCAACCUUCCUUUUGGAGGUCAUAAAUCAGUUCAUGUUUCUUCUUCCCGGGAUGUCGGCGCUUUCAGACCCGGCUUCCUGUUUAUAUGGAGGGACAAGAUAAAAUUAUGUUUAUUUAGAGGGAAGGUGAGAGGGUAUUCGAUCAGUGUGUUAACAUUUAUUUCCUCAAGUUUUAAUGUUGGGCAGAACAUCAGUAACUUUUAAAUUUGUGGAA